AGACGACUUCCCACUUCCCCUCUCCUUCGAAGAGCAAGCCCCGACUAGCUGCUGCUGUAAUGGCAAAGCUAAUAUUGUUACACUUUAUAUUGGCUCUUUUAUGCUUCUUUGCCGAUGCCGUCUUUGAGGACCAAGUUGGAAAAUUUGACUGGAGGCAGCAGUAUGUAGGCAAGGUCCGCUUUGCCCAUUUCGACAUGCAUGUGCAGUCGUCCAAAAAGGUGCUUGUGGCCACCGAGAAGAAUGUCUUUGCCUCCCUCAACACCAGGACUGGAGAAGUCUACUGGCGACAUGUGGACAAGACCGGGCCAGAGGGAAAUAUUGAUGCUCUUUUGAUGCAUGGACAAGAUGCGGUGCUGGUUGUUGGGAAUGGCCGCCUUCUUCGUUCCUGGGACAUCAACAUCGGUGGUUUGAACUGGGAGAUUGUUCUUGACUCUGGCAGCUUCCAGUCAGCGUGUUUUGUUGGACAGCAAGACUCUGUGAAAUAUGUGGCUGUUUUGAAGAAAAGUGCCGUUUCUCUCCAUUACCUUUCAAAUGGUCAUCAGAAAUGGGUGGAGAAUCUUCCAGAAAGUGAAACAGUGCAGUACCAGGCUGUUUAUUCUGGUGGAAAUGGGGAAGUUUAUACACUGGGAGUUGUUCCCCAUUCCCACAUUACCAUUGUUGCUUACAGUGUGGAGGAUGGAGAGAUUAUCAAGCAGAUUUCUGUGGACGCUCCCUGGCUGUCCAACAUCCAGGCCAGCUGUGCUGUGGUUGGCCAGGGGAUGCUGAUAUGUGCAGACCCUGCGACUGUGUCCCUGUACAUGCUGGACCUAAACGUCCAGUCACAAAUGACCCAGAUCCCCUUACAGUCACUUGGACUUGAAGUCUCCCCAGGCUUCCAGCCAACUGUGGUGUCGACCCAGCCCAACCCAGCUCGGCCCCCACAUUCAGAGUUCUUCGUCCAGCUCGGGCCAGACCACUAUCAGCUGCUGCAGCUCAACAACGGUCAAAUAGUUGCACUGAGGGAUUUCAAGCCAGCUAUGCUGGUUUCAUUUGCAACCACUGGAGAGAAGACUGUUGCUGCUGUCAUGGCACCCAAGAAUAAAACUGCUUGCAGUCUGAAUCUCUUUAGCGCAGAAUCUGGGCGCAGACUUCUGGACACAACGCUCAUCUUCAACAUGGAUCCUAAUGGUGGGAAACCAGAGAAGCUGUAUGUGCAGGCAUUUCUGAAGAAAGAUGACUCUGUUGGCUACAGGGUGAUGGUGCAGACUGAAGACCACACACUCACAUUCAUACAACAGCCAGGGCGUGUCAUGUGGACGAGGGAGGAAGCCCUGUCAGAUGUGGUGACAAUGGAAAUGGUGGAUCUGCCUCUCACCGGGACGCAGGCAGAGCUGGAGGGAGAGUUUGGCAAAAAGGCUGCCAUUCAAGACGGCCUGCUGUCCAUGGUGCUGAAGAGGCUUUCCUCUCAGCUCAUUUUGCUCCAGGCCUGGAUCGCCCAUCUCUGGAAGCUGUUCUACGACGCACGGAAGCCCCGCAGUCAGGUUAAAAACGACGUGACCAUUGAGAACCUGUCCAGAGAUGAGUUCAACUUGCAGAAGAUGAUGGUCAUGGUUACUGCAUCUGGCAAGCUCUUUGGGAUUGACAGUAAAACGGGCACAAUUUUAUGGAGGCACUACUUGGACAAUAUCCCGUCUAAUGCAGCCUUCAAACUGAUGGUGCAGAGAACGACUGCACACUUCCCUCAUCCGCCACAGUGCACCCUGCUCAUCAAAGACAAGGAUACGGGACUAGCUACACUCCAUGUAUUUAAUCCCAUAUUUGGCAGAAAGAGUCAUAUUACCCCACCUGCUCUGCCUCAGCCAAUACUUCAGUCACUGCUGCUGCCACUCAUGGACCAGGACUAUGCAAAGGUGUUGCUUCUUGUCGAUGACCAGUACAAGGUUUCUGCUUUCCCCUCAACAAAGAACGUACUACAGCAGCUCCAAGAGAUGGCCUCAUCCAUUUUCUUUUACCUUGUCGACUCCAGCCAGGGAAGACUGUCUGGCUACAGGUUACGCACGGACUUGUCCACUGAGAUGAUCUGGGAGGUGAUCAUCCCAACCGAGGUGCAGAGGAUCGUCUCAGUGAAAGGAAAGAGGCCUAAUGAGCAUGUGCACUCCCAGGGCCGAGUAAUGGGAGACCGGAGUGUCCUCUAUAAGUACUUGAACCCCAAUCUUCUGGCCGUGGUGACUGAAAGCACAGACUUACACCAAGAGCGCAGUUUUGUCGGGAUCCUCCUGAUCGAUGGCGUGACUGGUCGCAUUAUCCAUGAAGCGGUUCAGAGAAAAGCCAGAGGGCCAGUGCAUCUUGUGCACUCUGAAAACUGGGUGGUGUACGAGUACUGGAGCACCAAGUCACGAAGGAACGAGUUCUCUGUGCUUGAACUCUACGAAGGGAUGGAGCUCUACAACAGCACCGUGUUCAGCUCCCUGGACCGGCCUCAUCCUCCUCAGGUGCUCCAGCAGUCUUACAUUUUCCCCUCCUCCAUUUCCACCCUGGAGGCCACCCUGACUGAGAAGGGCAUCACCAGCCGCCAUCUGCUUGUCGGCUUGCCAUCAGGAGCGAUCUUGUCAUUACCCAAGAUGUUCCUUGACCCACGGAGGCCAGAAAUAGUGUCUGAGCAAAGCCGAGAGGAGAACCUGAUACCAUACUCACCAGAGAUGCCGAUCCGUACCGAGUGGUUCAUAAACUACAACCAGACUGUGUCGAGAGUGCGAGGAAUUUACACCGCUCCCUCGGGACUGGAGUCCACUUGUCUGGUGGUGGCGUACGGUCUUGACAUCUACCAAACCCGCGUCUAUCCCUCAAAGCAGUUUGACGUGCUGAAGGACGACUACGACUACAUGCUGAUCAGCAGCGUGCUCUUCGCCCUUUUCUUUGCCACCAUGAUCAGCAAACGCCUGGCGGAAGUCAAACUGCUCAACCGGGCCUGGCGGUAAAGCGAUCCGCCAAAGCCAACUCAAACAACCCCAAGGCUGCAUGAAGGACCUCAGUCCGUCGAGACGGGACAGAUGAGGUCAUACCUGUGGAAGAACAGGGGUCAAAAGUUCGCUUAGGCCCUUUUUGAACUGCUGGGGUCGGUGGGUCGGGUUAUGGGGUGAAAGGAGGUAAAGGUUGUUAAUGUUAGAGGUUUUAUUUGUUUGUUUUCUAACUUAUUUUGCAAAGACAAGAAAUUAUUUCAUGUUACAAUGAUUUUUUUUUUUUGCGCAAAAUGUCAUUCUGAUUAACUGUUUAACACCUGACUGUAAUUACAAAUGAAUGAAAGAAAUUGGGAAUUAGUUCAGGUUGUGGAGUGUAAAAAAUCCUGCACAUGUGACAGUUUUUUGUUUGUUUUGUUUUGUUUUGUUUUGGGGACAUUUCAUGUGACAGCUCUGACGGAGAAUGACAUUGGGAGAGAGAAAAGAGGACGAUGUGUGCAUCAUUUGCUACCAUACCAUUGAUGUUGAAUGGUGUGUUCCUUAGCCUGCUGAGUCACCAAGACACCCCGAUGCCAUUUGUUUUAAUGGCAAAUGAACUGUGAAUAAAAACACUAGGAAAUAAUGUAGCGUGGGCAAGAAUUGGUCAUUUGUGCUUUCCCCGAAGGUCCUCCUGCCAAAAGCAUCAGUCACAGUGUCAUCACCAUCACCUAGCCACAGAAAAAUGGCCAUUGGUAGUUUAUGUUUUAUACGUCAUUCAUCCUGCAGUUCUGAAGUUUGUGAGUUGCUUUGGACCACUCUCAGCUUUUUUUGGUGCAUCAGUAAAGUUUGUGUUCCCAGAUGUCUCA